AGCAACGCUUCCCACGCCGGGAUACUCUGUGUCACACGUGUGACAGAAGUUACUUUUCUUUCGUUCAUUCAGUGAAGUCGGCAAUAACUAGCGCCUCCGAAGAUCUUACUUCACACAUCUGUUAGCUGUUAAGAGUCUUGCCGUUCUCUUCUUACUACGGAUAUAUGGACCUAGUUACUUCCUAUUUUCCAUCACAGCUAGGCCGAGCAUGCACGAAUACGCAAUUUCUGUAGAUGGGCUAACAUACUCUCAUAACCCCGGAUCCCCUCCGUCUCUUUUAAAUAUAUCCCUUCAUCUCCCCCCGGGCUCCCGUACCCUCUUGGUCGGCGCAAAUGGCGCCGGAAAGUCGACUUUGCUACAGAUCCUCGCCGGUAAACGUCUCGUGAAAAAUGCGGACGUCCGCGUCAAGGGAAAGGACGUCUUCAGAGACUCACCAGAUGGUGUGACGUUCCUCGGGACUGAGUGGGCAAUGAAUCCUGUCGUAAGGGGUGACAUCACUGUUUCUGCAUUUCUCGACUCCGUUGGAGGUUAUAGACACAAGGAGCGCAGAGAUCAACUACUCGAUAUAUUAGACGUAGACCUGGACUGGCGUAUGCACGCAAUCUCCGACGGGGAGCGCCGUCGGGUCCAGCUUUGCAUGGGUCUCAUGGCUCCGUGGGACGUUCUGCUUCUCGAUGAGGUUACCGUGGACCUCGAUGUUCUGGUUCGUGAUGAAUUGCUUACAUUCCUUCGAAAUGACAGCACCACACGUGGUGCUACUAUCCUCUAUGCGACUCACAUCUUCGACGGACUCAACUCCUUUCCAACACACGUGGCUCACAUGCACCAUGGUUACUUCGUGACGAAACCCAUGCCGUGGCCGUGUGUUUCGUCCGCAGAUUCCCCAUCGAUAAACCUCUAUCACACGGCUCUAUCUUGGCUUAAAGAGGACCGGGAACGCCGCCGUGAAUCUGAAAGGAUGUUUGACAACAAGACCCGCGGCGCUAGGAGAAACGAGACUGUCCCUACAGAUUCGGAGACAUUUUACAGAAAAUAUGACUAUAGUCACUAAGAACGUGUGGGAUAUCUUCAACUCCAACACAAUCACUGCCUUAAAUGACUACGGAUAUGAGUUCUUUUUUCUCUGUACAAAGUUUUGUGCUAGACAAAUGACCGAUCUGCGCUUUGUCCUAUUUCUGUACUCAAUUUUGCGAGUUUUCAACACAUCUGUAUCUACAGAUUGGGACAGAUCACAUGACCCAUAUCCAAACCACAGCCCUUAC